AUGUUCGAGGAGAAUUCAUUCACCCUUACCGGUGCCAUGAGAACCAACAUGGUUAUUUUGGAAUAUUUUAAAACCUCAAUGUCGGCAAUCUCAGGGUUCACUGCGGGUGUAAUUGGUUUAUAUGGACUUUAUGGUUUCAUUUUUUACUUUCUUUGUGCAUUCCUACUAUGGGCAUUGAUCUUAUUAAGAAUUGGUCCCGAUUAUAAGAGAUAUUUCCACAAGAGAACAAUUAUUUUCACCAAUGGCCUAGGAUCUGGUCUUUUUACUUAUGUCCUUUUUUGGACCUUUCUCUAUGGAAUGGUUCAUGUAUAUUGA